CCGGGCCUGAAAGACCUGGCGGGUUGCGUCCGAGCUCCGGUGCGCGGGCGUUGUGGCCCUGGCGGGGGAGGGCGGUUGCUCUAGGUACCGGGCCCCGGCCUGCCCCACCCCAGUUCCCUCAGCACACGAAAACUGGGAGGCUUAGGCCCGGCGGCAAGGGUAGGGCAAACUCGCCUCCUCCCCGUCCGCCCCUCGAAACUUCUGAGGUCUUCCCAGGAGCACCCGGUCUGAGAUGGGGUCCCAGGUCUCCGUGGACGUGGGAGCUGUGAACGUGGUGGUCGUGGGUGGGGGCUUCGGUGGGAUCGCCGCCGCCAGCCAGCUGCAGGCUCUGAACAUCCCCUUCGUGCUGGUGGACAUGAAGGACUCCUUCCACCACAACGUGGCAGCCCUCCGGGCCUCCGUGGAAAGCGGGUUUGCCAAAAAGACAUUCAUUUCCUACUCGGAGACCUUUAAGGAAAACUUCCGGCAGGGGCUCGUAGUAGAGGUGGACCUGCAGAAUCAGACGGUGCUGCUCGAGGAUGGCGAGGCCCUGCACUUCUCACAUCUUAUCCUGGCCACUGGCAGCACCGCGCUCUUUCCGGGCAAGUUUAACCGGGUGGCCAGCCGGGAGGUUGCUAUCCAGGCCUACGAGGACAUGGUGAAGCAGGUCCGGCGCUCACGGUCCGUGGUGGUGGUGGGAGGCGGCUCUGCCGGAGUGGAGAUGGCGGCAGAGAUUAAAACCGAAUUCCCCGAGAAAGAGGUCACUCUCAUCCACUCCCACGUGGCCCUUGCCGACAAGGAGCUCCUGCCCUGUGUCCGGCAGGAAGCGAAGGAGAUCCUGCUCCAGAAAGGCGUGCGGCUGCUGCUGAGUGAACGGGUGAGCAACCUGGAGGAGCUGCCCCUCAACGAGUAUCGAGAGUGCAUCCAGGUGCACACGGACAAAGGCACAGAGGUGGCCACUAACCUGGUGAUUGUCUGCAAUGGUAUUAGGAUCAACAGCGCCGCCUACCGCAGUGCGUUCGAAAGUCAUCUGGCCAGCGAUGGCGCUCUGCGAGUGAACGAGUAUCUCCAGGUGGAAGGCUGCAGCCACAUCUAUGCCAUCGGCGACUGCGCAGAUGUGAGGGAGCCCAAGAUGGCCUACCACGCCGGCCUCCACGCCAACGUUGCCGUGGCCAACAUCGUCAACGCCAGGAAACAGAGGCCCCUCAAGGCCUACAAGCCAGGCGCGCUGACGUUCCUCCUGGCCAUGGGGAGAAAUGACGGCGUGGGCCAGAUCAGCGGCUUCUAUGUGGGGCGGCUCAUGGUUCGGCUGGCCAAGAGCCGGGACCUAUUCGUCUCCUCCAGCUGGAAGACCAUGCGGCAGUCUCCACCCUGAGCGGGAGCUGGGCCGCCGCCAGGUGAACGGAUUGCUUGACCAGAGGAUGACUACCCCACCGGAGGCUUCACCCAGGGCUCCGUUCCUGUGGGCCACGGCCAACCAGGCUCCCCUUCUGGAAGCAGGACCUGCUGCCUGAGAGACACAGGCUAUUCUGUGCUGUCUGACCUGGGGACUAGCAGGGUGGGAGUCUUGGCUCAUUAGUGACAGGCCUUGUUCUAUUUAUAACAUUUUACAGGUGUCCCCCCAUGGGGACAUGGUUUUUCCAAACUGAGGAAAAUAUUGCAAUAAAAGAAUAUGUUGUAAGAAA